AUGGUUGAACACUUUCAAAUUUUAUUUACUAUUGUCGUUGUAUUGUCAUUUAUACCAUUUAUCUGUAUAUUUACAUACAAAACUUCUUCAAACUUUAAAGUGACAUUUAAUCCAAACGAUGGAGUCUGUAGCAAUGUGUUCAAAUAUCAACCAAACAACAAAAGGGACUUGUGGCUUACAGCUGUUGGUGUCAUAAGUGAUAGUUAUUACAAGAAAAUAAUGAAAGAGGUUUCUCUUGUGCUUGGUCUUGCUCAUUCAUUGAUUCCACAUGCAGAUAAAGUGAUUAUACUUUUCAAAGGAUACAACUAUUCUCAACUUAUUACACUUGCUCAUAAGAACGGAUUCAAAACACUUGAAGUUGACAUGUCUUACAUCGAGAAGUGUCAAGACGCCUCAAAACGUUUUUUGGAUUCAAGGAAUACAUCCAAAAUAACACUGAAAAAUACGACAGGGUACUUAUUAGUGACUUUCGUGAUGUGUUCAUAUUUGCAGACUUCUUUGCAACAUUCUCGUCAAAUGAUCUGUUUUUUACACCUGAGUGCAUUUAUGGCAAUAAUAACUUGGAUGAAAGGGGGAUUUGGUCAGAAGGUGUCUAAUGGGUAUGUUAAGAAUUCAUCGUUAUUAAUCAAUGUUGGGACAACAUUUGGAGGAACUGAACAAGUGUUAAAUUACAUCAGAUUAAUGACAGAAACAAUGAAACCCCAGAAAUAUUCAGAAUGGGGGUAUGACCAGGCAGUCCACAACUACAUCUUUUACACGCACUACUUCAAUCAAAAGUACAAUUUUUAUUAUGAAAACAUAAAAGAAAAAAUAAAUAAAAUAAAGAAAAAUGAAACCCAAAAAGUUGAAAAUGAUUAUACAAAUAAGUACCAAGUACCAACUUGA